AUGGAACGCGCGGUGAUAUUAUUUGGUACGGUGUUGUUAACAUGUUCGAUACCAAUAGGGGGCACGCUAAAUAAUGACACAGAUAUCGAAGCAACUGACUAUCCUGGAGAAGGAAUGGAAGACGAUAAUGUACCUUUUGUUCCUUGCUCUGGCCCAAAUUGUAUAUACAAGUGUUGUUCUCAUGGUGAAUGUAUUCGACUGAGGCAAUGCGUUCCUUGUGAUGCAGGUUCUAAUUUCUCUACGUUCAUUGUAUAUGAUGAGAACAUUGUAGAUAUAGGCAAGAGAGUGCCGGAUAUGUUUCAUAUUGUACCAGAGAUAUACAAGAGUAAAGAAGAGUUCCAAGAUUCAGCUGUGAACGUGUAUCAAAUUGAAUUCAAUCCUUAUAUUAUAAAGACUGGUGAGUUAAUUCUAGAGGCUCCAAACUCAUAUCACCGUUGGAUUACAGUUCAGAGAGAUUACUUCUGCGUAGACUACUUCAUAACAAAAAAGGGAAAAUUGAUAAAUACACCAAAGAUUUGGGCUAUUGUUGAAGGGGAAGAAUAUCCUGAAAGCGAUAUUAGUUUAACUGCCGCUACGUUGGUGUCCUGUUUUUUCUUGUUGUUAGUACUGGUGGUAUAUUUCCUGCUGCCUGAACUUCAAAACUUAUGUGGCAUGAUCUUAAUGGCGUAUGUGGGCAGUCUGUUCAUGGCCUUUUUACUACUUGCGACUAUCCAAUUAGAUAGAUAUGAAGACAACGCAUGCAUCGGCUUAACCAUGGGUAUCUAUUACUUUUUCUUGGCGAGUUUCUGUUGGAUGAGUGUCAUGUCUUACGACAUCUGGUGGACCUUCAGGGGUUACGCUAAAGCACGUCCCAUUCAUCGCCGUGGUGAAAGUUUCAAGUUUCUCAUGUACUGUUUGUACGCUUGGGGUGUUCCAUUGCUCAUGACUAUCUUCAUUUUCGUAGUUAAUACCAUUGACAUGUCUCACAUGCCUUGGUUCAUCACUCCCAAUGUGCCAGGAAUGGGUUGUUUCCUAGAAGGUGGAAAUAAAAUGCUGUACCUAUAUAUACCAAUGCUGAUUCUGAUCGUGUGUAACUGGAUGUUCUAUCUGAUGACGGCUUUCAACGUGUGGCGCUUGAGUCGUGGGACUGCCGUGCUAGAUUCUGCUGCUGCUGGUACACCUGCAGCACACCGUUCUCAGAGAAACAGGCUGAUGGUGUAUUUGAAGUUAUCAGUAGUGAUGGGAGUAAACUGGGUGUUUGAAAUUAUAAGCUUUAAAUUCCCUGGAUUCAAAGGAUGGUACAUAUCUGACGUCUACAAUAUACUUAUUGGCUUUCUAAUAUUCCUCAUAUUUGUGUGCAAGAAGGAUAUAUACAGAAAACUUUACAAACGUUACGCGUUGCACCCAAGACGGUUUUAUCCAGGUUCUGUUGCUGGAUCCCGGAGUUAUUCCAGUACGAGUUCUGAUUCCAAUCCAGAAACCACUACGCUUCAAAUAUGUGCAAAUCCAAAAGGAUUUAACGGUUACUAG